UUGCCUUCAGCAAUUAUUUAAUUUGGCAGUAAUCUGUCACAAUCGCAAUCUUCACCAUAAAUAUAUUUUCCUGUUUGGGGAGUAAAAUGCACUAAAUCAGUAGGGUUGCAGAAUCAGUUAAGAUGGUUUAACUAUGUCUUGUUUUACGGAGAAGUGAGUAAAUCGGCUAUGUGAGAAUUAACCACCACUCGACAGUUUGUCGUGAAUAACAGAAUAAAAUGUCACCGCUAAUACUGUAGAAUUAAUGUUGUCUUUUUAUUGUGUUACUCAUGAUAUCAUAUGAGACCCAUUACUGUAAAUAGGACAAAAACGUUAAAGUGUUCAUAGCUUGUGUUGGAAGUCUCUAAGUGAUAUUGAGGAUUAUGACUUUUGUCAAGUGCUACAGAACUAUUUAUUUUUUCUUAGUUGUAAAGUUGUGAUUAAAUCAUUACAUCUUGAAACUUAAAGGUCGUACUGGAUUUCAGAAAUAUUAUUCCCAUACCGUUGCAUGUUUGAAAUGACUUCACCACGGUAACCAACCAUACUGUGCUGAUAAAACCGUUAUCUCAAUGCAAUGUUUUGCUGGUUCAUCUCAAAAUCACUUUGAGUUUUGAAAGCAUUUUACUGAAACAAGAAAAUCAGAUUUUAGUAUCCACGUAUGCAGUUAAAAAGAUUUUGUUCAUGUUAACACAGUGGCUUUAUAUAUAGUACUGAUAAAAACAUGGCUGAAAAUAUGCAGACACGGUGCCAAAUCUGAUUUCUUUUGAAAGUGAGUUUAGAUUUGAUUUCCAUUCAUGGAUAUCUAACAAAUGACUAAUUCAAAAUUGAUAAGAUCAGGAAGAGUGAUGUGGGGAUUUUUGUGUUUCAAUGGGGAUUGCAUCCCAUUAUUAAACUGCCAAGAUUAAUGGUUAAACUCUGUCAGUCUGAUGGAUGUUUAUUAUCAGGAGCUACAUACUAGGGAAUUUAAUAAUUGAUAAUAUCUACAGCUGAUACUAAAAAACAAGUGGAAAAGGAGUUAAUGUGGGAUUAUUUUUUCACUGUUAUAUAAUAAGAUGAUUAUCUUAAAAUGAAAAUUAGUAAAAAAAUAUGACUAUGAGUUACCACAAUUGUAAUGUAAUAAAAGGAUAAACAAAAAUCUUAAUUCCAAGCCAGUGCUUUAAACUGUGUAUCAACAUGGAGGUUUUACAUGGAAUUGCCCGGGGCUCAAAGAACUCUUUUACCAAGAUGUAUGCAGCUUUAAACAAAGGGGGACAAUCCGGAGUUACUGCCCCUAAAAAGAAAGCAAUUGUGUACAGAAGGAGUGACAAAAGAAAAGAAGAAGAUCCGGAACCUGCAGAGCCAGUUGCCCCUGCAAGACCUAACCGGCGUACCCCUCCUAGCCAGCCCAGAUCAGAGCCCCCAGCCUUCAGAGAGCCCCCACGGAGAGUCCCUGCACCCGAGCCUGAAGAGCCACAGGAGCUGUAUGAGGAUCCGGACAAUACCGGACCCCCUGUGACAAGCAUCCCACCCAGGCGCCCCCCAGUCAGUGAGCCAGUCGAGGAAGAGGAGUAUGAGGACCCUGACGCUCAUAAGCAGAAUUUCCAGACUGUACGGAACAUGCCCCUGCCCACGCCACCAUCUGAGAGGUCCGCCCCGGGGCAUGGCAACAGACCCCCACCGCCUCUGCCUAAUACCAGAUCUGCACCUGCCCCACCCCCACAGAUAGAAGAGAACUACAUAGAUCCAGAUGUGAAUGACAAGCCACCAACCCCUCCCCCACCCCGCAAUGGCAAGAGAGGGGGGCCGUCUAUACCCAAUAGUAGGCAGGACAAACCAGUCCCGCCUCCCAUCAACAACAUACCCAGACGGCACUCGGACGAAGUCAAACCUGUGGAGGAAGAGACGUAUGAAGAUCCAGAUGGACGCGUGGAUAGCCUUCCAGACUACAUGGAACCAGAUGUUCCCACAGCCCCGCCACCGAGACCUGGCAAAGCCAAAGCUGUUCCCUCUAAACGGCCACCCCCAAAGCUCGUUCAGGAGGAAACAUACGAGGAGCCGGACAGAAACAACCAGGAACAAGAAACGUAUGAAGAGCCGGAACAAAAUCAGAAUAUUGUGGAGGAAGUUUAUGAAAUACCGGAGAGCCGGGAUGAUGAGAAUCAGGAACAAUACUUGGAAAUGGAGCUUGAAGACAUUCCAACAACAGUGGCCCCACAGCUGCCACAGCCAGUCCAGCCACGUAGAGGCCGUGGCAGAUCCCCAGCCCCCCCGCCUACUCCUGUCUCCACCCCGGCCCCUGCAAAGACCAGUCACAACAUGCUUCAGCUACCCUCACGAACACCAAAGUCGCCAUCCCAAACAGCUUUAGAAGACUACGAGAACCCACCCGAUAAAGUGGAGAAUGCCCAGAGAGACGUGCAGCGAGCUGUAGGAAAUGUUAUAUCUCCCACCACAAAUGGUUAUGUUGAUAGGCCAAGGUCCCCACGGUCCCCACGCAGUACACGGGAGCUACCCCCUCGACCUAACGCUGCCUCCUCCUCAGGGGACCCAGACCCAGCCCCGUCAGAUGUGAAUAGUUCAAAAGAACCUACAGAGGGUCAGCUACUGAUGCAGAGAUGGUACCAUGGCUCAAUUUCCCGGGACGAGGCUAAAAAGCAGCUGGCAGCUCAUAGAUUUAAUGGCAUGUACCUGAUCCGCAGAAGCACUAAGAAUCCCGACCAGCCAUUCACCCUACAGAUCUGGUAUGGGGACUCCGACUAUAACCUUCCCAUAAAGAAAUCCACAGAAGGGACAUAUGUUGUCGGGGGAAACAAACAGAAAUUCAAGUCCUUGCUUGACAUUGUGAACGGAUUUAAGAAAAGUAAACUGGUGUUAAACAAGGCAGUCGAAACAUCGCUGGAAAAGUCACUUCCCAAACAGAAAUCCUAACAGAAGAGGGUAAUUGCGCUGUAUAAUCAGUAUGAGUUAUUGUGAAUCAUCAGAGUCAUCAAUCACGCUGAGUGGAGGCUUGUCAGCGACAUCAUCAAUGUAUCUUCAUGGAUUGUGCUCCCAUACUUGACAUCUUUUUUAUCUUCAUUGAUUGUGCUCUCAUUUUCAUAUUAACAAGCAUUUACAUACAACAUGUAUCUUAUAGGCCUUUAGCCUUUGCUAGACUUAUUUACAUUUCUUGUGCACCCCAGAUGAUGUCGGCCAUGUUAUUAAAGUAUUAACGGAUAAGAAAUGUUCAAGGUCCAUAUGCAUUGACACGUGUGUCACCUACACCAGAUUUUGCCUGAACUUGUGCAUAUUGGUACCUGAUCUGAUGUACUAGAAACACAUGUAUAGAGACAUUUUACAGUAUUACAUGAUGCAGGAAUACACAAGUUGACAUGAUAAAAUGUAUGUAACAAUAAUGAAUCCAUGGAUGCAUGGCAUACUGCAGUCGCUGUUCAAACAGAUGUAUUAAUAUUAAGUUCAGUUGUCUUGAAAGAGUUAUUUUAUUUUUCAGCGUUGUAGUUGGACUAUUUCAGAGAAAUUUGACAAAUAAUGAGUGUAAAUAUAAACAUUAAAUAAUUUAAAUUGGGGUUCAUUUGUGUAUGAGAACAUUUGGACAGUGCAUGGGUAAUCGUACACUGGCCAAUUUUUUUCAUACAAGAAUGAACCGCCUUCCUAAAGUAUCCAAUGUUUAUAUAUCUCAAUCUUUAAAUAAUGACUUCCAUUAUGCAGUAUAUGAAAGUAUUUGUAGUAAUUGUUGUGGAUAUUUUGUCAGUAAAAUAAUAUUCAUGAUUUGUAAUGAACUUUUUGUUUGAAAUAUGUUAACUAGUGCCUUCCUAUCCAAUGUUUAUAUAUUUCAAUCUUUAAAUAAUGACUUCCAGUUAUGCAGUAUAUGGUAGUAUUUGUAGUAAUUGUUGUGGAUAUUUUGUCAGUGAAAUAUAAAUAAAGAUUUGUGAUGAACUUUUUGUUUGAGGUGUAAAGUGAUGUAGUGCCUUUUACCUGUUGUACUUGACAUUUUAGGGAUGUUGCAAAACACUACAUGUAUGUGUCCAUGUGGACCUAUUUUUGUACCCUGAGACUGUCGUCCAGAUGUGUCAAUAAUGUACUAGUUUAUAAUGACAUCUACGCAAGCAAGAGGGAAAUGAUUUAACCUGGUACCAGCAAGCAUACAUGUACAAGUUUUAAACUGAACUGCAACUUUGACAUGAAGUGUAGCUAUAGGUUUAAGUUUCACAACCUCGAAAUUGCCAUUUAUUAUAAGCUUUUCUGCUUUAUGAAGUUAUUAUUAUAACCUUAGUGUUGUUGGCAUUGCCGUACUGCAAUAACUUAUCUUGGUCAUAUUUCAAAAACUUUCAAGAUAUCCAAAUGAAAUGUAAUACACCUGUUACACUUGACAAACUGUACAGGUGUUUCAAAGCUCAUGAUUCUGGCUAAAAUAAUCAUUCUGUUAUAUGCCCCUUGACUUAGUAGAAGAAAAAACAGAUGCUUGUGGUUGCAUGGCUGUACAUGUACCUAAAUUAUCACCCUACAUGACAUUAGGCAAGCCUUAACUGGGAUUUCUAUUUCGGAUAAAUCACACAUUCACAAGCUACUGUCUGUUAGUGUACACCCAAUUAGUAUUUUGACGGCUACUGGUUUCAUUUAGAACAUUCCGUAUUAAAAAGGUCAUACUUUUGUUGUUUUUUUAUACAGAAGAAUAAGGUAAACCUUUCCUAAGAACAUUUCCAAACUUUACUGUACAGAUGAUAAGGAAGAUUAUAUAUUAUUUGCUUAGUUUACUAACUGUGAUACUAUUUGAUAAUUAUGCAGCAAUAAAUGCUUUAUAACAUACCUGUAUAUCGGUCUGCUUGUAAAGUGUUUCAGCAGGUUUAUACAUUCCUUUCGACUUAUCGAAUUGUUUCAAUUUCAAAGAAUUUAUGAAUCUUGAAUGAAUUUUGACUUUUUUAUAUUCAUUUUUAAUUGCUUUAUUGUUGCAAAGUGUAUAUAUUUUGAAUCUAAUAUGACUUUUGAUGUAUUUUCUUUAUAUUAAUAUUUUAUUGCUUUAUUGUUGCAAAGUAUUUUAUGAAUUUGAAAUAUGAUACUGCUAAUUGCUUAUUGUUUGAACUUCUGUUUUUGAUACAUAUUUUAAUAAAAAAUGAAAU